AUGAGCAAGCCUGACAAAAUGGCAUCUCGAGCGCAGCUUCAGCAGGAUUUGGUGAUGAAGGCACGUCAACAACAAAUCCAAAAGAUGGCAAGGCAGCAGCAAUUAGCCGCAAUUCAGCAAAAUAAAACGCACCAACCAAGCCAAAGCACCCAACCUCGUUCUAUGGUAAUGGGUUCCCAUUUUGAUGAUCUACCCACACUGGAGCCAGAAGAUUUCGAUCAUAAAUGCCUCGAGCCGUCGCCUCUUUCAUCCUUUGACUUCGCAUGCCGUGGUGGCCCAGUAUCUACGAUUGAAGAGACUGUCACCUCUAAGCCUCGGACACCGGCGUUUCUUCAUCGGGGUCUCUUGAUCGCCCUUCGAGCUGGAAAUGUCGAGACCGCUCGAUGCCUACUUUCGAAUGGCGCUCCAAUUGCUAGACAAACACCAGAUUUUAUUCUCAAAGCGCCAGUCAAUAAACAAAUCCCCCUUUUCGAGCUCUUCACUGCUUAUGGCUGGACUCCCAAUACCCCGGGCCUGUAUGGUGCUGUACUACUUCCAAGAUUAGUCAAUAACUUACCUCUACUAUCUUGGUUUCUGGCAAACGGCGCGAAUCCCAAUCUCGGACCACAAAAAGACUUUCAUGACAGGCAUGGUAACUCUGAUACCAAGUCAUGCAAUGCUCUCGAAAACGCUGCGGCGCGCGGCAGUGUCGAAGCAGUCCGAAUGCUGUUGGAGGCCGGUGCUCGUAUCCAGAAUGGAGCACCCUUGCACUAUGCUGCUGGUGUUUGUCCCGAAGGAGCAAAUCCACAUGUCGGACGCGUCAAGCCAAGCAAGGAAUUCGAUGCUGGCAGAAUACCUGUGAUGCAUUUAUUGGUCGAGAAUGGGGCGGUUUUAAACUACAAGGUUGAAUCACGGCAUAUGGAGCCUCAAUAUGCGAUUGUCCACGCAGUAAUGGCUGGAGCGAUUGAGCGUGUCAAGUGGCUCCUAGAACAAGGAGCAGAUCCAUUCGCAAAGGGCAGCUUUGGAAGUGCGGCGUCUUACGCUUCUUUUUGGGGCGAAGAAAUGGAGAAAGUGAUCGAGCAAGGGCUGGCAGCCAGGAACAAAGCAGGUCUCCAGACUUCCCAGAGCUAG